CAUCACAUGGGAGGGUUAGGAAGAAAGGGGAGGAAGAAGAAAAUAAGGUUGAGAUGGCCUUGUAGGCUGGAAGUUCCCCGUCCGCCUCGUUUCCGCGGCAUCCGCACGCCGCCGGUGCGCACAGCGGCACAGGUCACCGGGGAGCGGAGGGGCGGUGAGAACCUCGGCUCGCAGUAGGGAGGGGCACGAGAAGAGGUGGCCGGUGGGAAGAUGGGGUCGGCCUUGCUGCCGACGCUGCGGCAGAAGCGGGAGGUGGACGCCGCCAUCCGCGACACCCUCGACAAGGUCCUCGUCCUUCGGUUCGGCCGCGCCGCCGACGCCGCCUGCCUCCAUCUUGACGACAUCCUUGCUAAAUCUUCUUGGGACAUAUCCAAGUUUGCUUCAGUAGCAUUGGUUGAUAUGGAUUCUGAGGAGAUUCAAGUUUACAUUGACUAUUUUGAUAUUACUUUGGUUCCAGCAACCAUUUUUUUCUUCAAUGCCCAUCACAUGAAGAUGGAUUCAGGGACACCUGAUCAUACAAAGUGGAUAGGCUCUUUUAGCAGCAAGCAAGACUUCAUUGAUGUAGUUGAGUUGAUAGUGUCUUGUCCCCUUCCACCCGAUAGGAUACCCAGAUUCCAGCUUCUUUUCAAAGAUGUCUGAGGAAACGAUAGCUGAUCAGUUGCACACAUGCUUGAUCACUGUCUUCAUCAUGGUAUGGAAAGUAAACGCUUUACUUUAGCAUACACAACCAGCUACCUAGCUCAUGUAUUGUUUUUCUUCUGCAUCAUGGAUGAUAUGAUCGAUGUCUGCCGAAGGAUAUGGAUCCAUCCAUGGACAGAUGAAGUUUGUGAAGAAUCAUCAAGAGUGUAGUUCCCUCUUUAUGUGGAAGGCUACUGUCACAUUCAAAUAUGAUCUCUUGAUACACCACAGGGAGUUAGCUUUUCCUUUCUGUAACCUGUGUUACAACCAGAACGAUCAACUAAAAUAGUGCGAUCUAAUCAAGUCAUUGUAAAGGUGUAGUUGUUUCUCCCUGCUCUGCAGGAGAGUUAAUGUUUUGGAUAUCAUGACGGUGUUGAAAACACAACUUUGUCUGCUGAUUUCUACUAUAAUGUAUCUCAGGUCGUAGAAGAUUUUUCAUGUAACAUGAAACUAUGUUUUGAUAGAAAUGUACCCAUGCAAUUUUCUGUUUUAAGUCUUAAUAUACAAGAAGUAAA